AUGGAAAAAGAGGGAAAAGAGGAAAAAGUACGAUCCCUGGGAUGGAUCGUCGCUGGUAGCUCCGCGAAGCAGAACAUUAUUAAGAAAGCAUCGUGCUACUUAACAAGCUUGAAAACGCAAAUUGCUAAAUUCUGGACAAUUGAGGAAAUCGCGACCAGUAAAAUCAAAUCAAAUGAAGAAGUCAGUUCCGAAACGCACUUUGCAAAUCACACGAUUCGUAACGACGAAAGACGAUACGUCGUGCACUUACCGUUUCGUUAUCCUGAACAUCGCAUUGGCGACUCGCACACUGUCGCAUUGAAACGCCUACUUGCGCUAGAACGUAAAUUAAAUCGCGACACUACCUUAAAAGCGGAAUAUACUCGCGUCAUCGAAGCAUAUAAAACUUUAGGGCACAUGUCGUUAGUUGCGUGUCCGCGCGAUGAUGAUUUCUAUAUGCCUCACCACGCGGUAAUAAAACAAUCUAGUAACACCACCAAGGUACGGAUUGUAUUUGACGCAUUGACAAAAUCAAAGGACAACGUAUCGUUAAACGAUCUCUUGAUGGUAGGGCCCACUGUCCAAGAAAAAUUAUUUUCUCAUUUAAUACGCUUCCGCACAUACAACUACGUUAUAACCGCGAACAUCGAGAAGAUGUAUCGCCAAGUAUUAGUUUACGAGGACGAUAGGCGGCAUCAAAUGAUUCUAUGGCGCGAAAACGAUGAAAUUAAGAUAUAUCAGUUGAACAUGCUUACGUUCGGCGUUUCCUCAUCUCCGUUUCUCACGAUCCGCGCCGUACAACAGCUCGCGGUUGAUGACGGGCAUUUAUUUCCCAAGGCAGCCGCAGUGCUUAAACAACAUUUAUAUGUUGACGAUCUAUUAACGGGUGCGAAUUCCGUUCAAAAGGCUCGUGAACUACGAGAUGAAAUAAUCGCGCUUUUACGAUGCGGUGGAUUUGCUAUAAGGCAGUGGGCGUCAAACGACACACGCGUGGUACAGAAUCUUUCGAACAACGCUUUACACGCUAAUUAUGUAUUAGGCGACGAUCAAUCAUUAAAGAUGCUCGGUAUAUCAUGGAAUACGCGCAACGACAAGAUAUGCUAUUAUGCACGGGAAAUUGAAAUAUCGGAGAUACUAUCCAAACGAAAAAUAUUAUCAGAGAUCGCAAAAAUUUAUGAUCCAUUAGGUUAG